AUGCAGCGCCCUCCGUCGUCGUUCAUAGCGCCAGAGAGCCGGUCUUCUCCUAAUUGGCCUAACGAGGCAAGAAAUCGGUCUACAGUGAGCGCCGACUGGUUUUCUGGGCCUCUUGACUCGCAAAUGUUUGCUGCUCUCGAUGCCAACGGUGUUCUCCCCGCUCCAACCGGCUACCCCACCUAUUCAUCGCGACCGAAUGUGCUCGUACAGCCAUCCUCCCAAUGGCCAGCGCCAUAUCCGCCAUUUCCACGACCUCUGCCUCAGUCUCGACCAUCUCCCGCAUUUCCUCGACACGACAACCUUCCACCCUCCCUGUGGAUGUCGCCCGUUACCACUGCGCCAACUAACCCAGAGCCAGUGUUGUCUCCAAUCUCACCAAUCGCCGCAAAGUCCCCCCCAUUCAACGACAUCUUCGAGGAAAUGUAUCCACCUCCCGCUCCAGCACGUGUCUCUGGCUCUCCCGAGCUCACUCCCACUCGACCGGACGUGGUUGAAAGUCCCGUCACAAAGAUGUGGAAGUUGUAUAGCCAUCACCAGGCUUCUCUCCCAAAUGCUCAGCGCAUGGAGAAUAUAACCUGGCGAAUGAUGACCAUGAAGCUCAAGAGGGACAAGGAGCGCGAUAACUCCACCACCACAGACUCUGUUGUCGAUACUCCCAGUCCAUCCACAGAAGCUUCUGUGAAAACCGAGCCCAUCGUAGCCGAUGAGCGUGGUCGUCGCAUUGACAAGGGCAAAGCCAAAGUUCAAGUGAUAGGUUUUGACGGGCACAACCAAGAUGGUGUAGAUGACGAUGACGUCAUUCCGAUGGACUGGCGCGCAAUGAGCAGAUCUCGUUCUCGUACUAUGGACUGGACACCCGCCAGUCGCUCUCGCUCUCGUCAAGCAGACUCAUUUGACCAAGCUACCUCCUUCGACAACCGCCUGGCUUUCCCGACCUUCUCUGACACCCGUCGGACUUCACCAACUAAAGGGGCGACAAAUAGCAUACCAAUACCUGGCUCUUCAAUGCUCCACGGUGGAAGGCGGAGUCCUCCCCCAUAUCCUCAUUCUGAGCUAUCUUCGGUAUUUGAGGACCAUACAGACAGCGCAGCCCACUCACUCGACACGCGGUAUAUGCAUUCGUUGCAAUAUCCUCAUUCGAUGCCAAACUACACUAGCCCCACCUUUGCCCCAUCCUCUCUCCCGUCAUUCGGACUCCACGGUCUCAGUAGGAUACCUUCCUCUACUGGCCAUUCUCCGGAUCAGCGCGGCUUUCCCAGACAUGUCCGCAAGACUAGUUUUGACCAUACUGUCUCCAAAGAAGGCACGUUUGCUGGAAUUGGAGGCCGCCAUCAAGUAAAUGGCAAGCCGCUCUCUCCAGACAGCUUGCUUGGAACAAAGCGUCGAGCCGAGGCACCUCAUGACGAGAGUAUGCUUCGAGCGGAUCCGUCUAAUCUUGAUGGCAAUCCACGGGCCUCCUUGUCUCACGACGACCAUGCGUUUGAGCAAAGUAGCUCUUUUCCCUCGAGCUCAUUCAACUUUUCUUUCCCGCCAUAUGACGGUCUGUUUUCAACAACAGAGUUUACCAAUAACACUCCGUCAAGUCGAUUCCCGCACUCGACUUCCAACUUCCAUCCCUCCACUUCUACUUCACCCGUGGUAACGGAGGGUCUUUCUGCGGCAGCGGCAGCUGCUUCGGCCGUUAUGGCCGAAGGAUACGCCCAAUUGAGUGCAGCAAAUCUGGCAGGCAUUGACGACAAUUACCGGCAGCUGAUGGGCCUUGUUUACCCAGAAAAUAGUCGGAGUGCAGUGCCUGCCCAGAACCCUUACACCCAUGUCGACCCCACCCAGAUUCUGUCGGGGGGCCCCAGCGAAAACGCCUACGCAAGUUUUCAUGCGAGUCCGUCAAGUGACGGAUGGGGCAAUGGGGUUAAUUCGAGCUCCAAUGCCUCUCCCGAACCCCACAAUGUAUCCAAUGCCUCCACGCCUCCAUCGACGGAAGGCGCGUUAAGCGCAACACGACCCAGUGGUCGUAAGUACGCCCCACUUAAGAGUGACAAUGCCAAGCGGAAACAAUCGCUGCCUACAACGAACGCGAAUGGGGCUUCCAGUUCGUCUCCCACUGCACUCAGGUCGUCGACUAGCACUCCCGAUCUAACGGACCGAAAACCCGUCGUGGGUGAAGACGGUGAAGUCCCAACAUUAUGCACCAAUUGCCAGACAACAAAUACGCCUUUAUGGAGGAGAGAUCCAGAUGGGCAGCCGUUAUGUAACGCGUGCGGCUUGUUUUAUAAACUGCAUGGUGUCGUUCGACCGCUCUCACUGAAGACGGAUGUCAUCAAGAAGCGUAAUCGAGCUUCUGGCGCGCCUAGCACUGCUUCACGCAAAGGAGGGGGUAGCGGAGUACCGAAACUUGCUUCGACUGGAACGAGACCAAGGUCAUCUUCCAACUCAAUAUCUGCUGGCUUGGGAACACGGUUACCGCGGCAGGUAUCGCGUAGCGACCUGGAUUUCGAGGCUGCUCUGAAUGGCGAUGGCACGGUUCGUUUGAAAGAGGGCGUCGAUGUCAGCCAACUUGGGCUUGACGCAUCUCCUUCACCUCGCAGACAACCAGCCACCCCAACCGUCAUUCCAGCCACCCCAAACAAUCUUAAUAGGGACUACGACGUUCACCGUCGUUCCAUGUAUCGAUCUCCAGGCACUUCCAGCAGCCCUGACCUCGCAACCCUCCUCCGCAAAGAGCGCGCCUCUCCAAACGUACCCCCAGUUCCCAAAAGCAAGAACAAACUGCAGCGGACGACCACAAAUGGCGAAGAAAAGCCUGCCAAGUCGUCUGUAAGGGCAAAGACUAGUGCCUUACUGGGAAAGAUGCUGGGCCAGGGUGGAACCAUUCGGGAGCGAUCAAAAACGGACGCAGCCCAAUACGCAUUUCAGGAUACCCCGCCCGUGCCACCACUGCCCACCCAACUCCACCGCCCUACGCCAGUUGGUUCUCCGAUUGCAGACGUAUUCACAACGGGUACUUCAUCCACUUCGAAACCCCUCCCUCCAAUUAUUCGUCAAACCCCAUUUCGCGAAGUCAGUGACGACGAUUCAAUGGUCAUUGUCGAAAGCAUCCCACGCACUCCCUCCCCUACAAAACUGGUCGAAUCGCCUGUUCCACGGUCGAGGCGGAGCCUAAGUGUUGGCCAAGUGGAACUCCAAAAUAUUGCUGCCCAAGCUCGCAAGCGACAGAGUCCACUAGACGAUCUUCAGGGGCAAUUGAACCAACUUGCGCCGUCUGCCGAACUCGACUUGAAAGAUCCACGGCCAAAGGCGCUUCCUCCAACAAACAGGGCAAAGACCGACCCACUUCCGACUACCCCGCUUUUAACCCUCCAACUUCCCCAAUCUGAAGACGAAGACACUGCUAUCGUUCCGCCACGAUCAACUUCGUUGCAAAUGCCUUCACCACGAACGACAAGUCCAAGGGCUGGCCGUCACGGUGCCAGUCCGUUGCGGACAAGAAGCGGCCAUUCGUUUGGUGAUCCCACCCGAAACGAAUCCAAAGACUCGUCACAUCUUCGGAUACUUCAUGGCUCCGCAUCGAUAUCUGAGCCUUCCUUAGUCCCUGUCAGUGAUGAUGGUCGCAUCCUGUCAAAUAUAUUUAGGACCUCUCAGCAGGACCUUUCUGUCAACGAUCUCACCCUUACCGCUCGAUUGUCAUCUUCCAGUCAUUCUCCUGCCCGUGGCGAAGAGUCGGAAGAAGAUAUGGAAACGAGGGGACGAGAACUCGCUGCACGGUGUUGGAAAGAGGACGAGGAUUUCCUCAGCAAGGACAAGAUUGCUGAAUGGCUUGGCGGAAUCGGUGGCGUAAACAAGGUCGCGCUACACCACUACCUCAACUGUUUCGACUUUGCGGGGUUACGUCUCGAUUUUGCUUUUCGCCGUCUAUGCGCGAAGCUCUUCCUCAAAGCUGAAACCCAACAAGUCGACCGGAUUUUACAGGAGUUCAGUCGGCGCUAUUGGGAGUGUAAUCCUGGCGGGUUAUAUGGCAGUGCUAACAUCGUUCAUGCCGUUUCUUACUCACUUCUCCUUCUCAACACCGACUUACAUGUCGCUGAACUCGCAACACGAAUGUCGCGGCCACAAUUUGUUCGCAACACACUCACGGCAAUUCAAAUGCAGCUGCAACCUUCCCCUCUAACUUCGUCAACUCCCGAUCUGGUCCGCGACUCCAAUAGCGUUCGAGGCCAAUCUUCUGAAGGCGUGGACUCGAUUUCGCCAGUCGCUCGUUCGAAGCGAAGCGACAGUAUAACAAGUUGGCACAGCGUUUCAAGAGAUAUAGCCACGAAUACGAUGUCUUCGCCAGCCGCCAAUGGUAGCACCCCUUCUGUCCAAAUAUCACCACUGGGAAAUGAGCCUCGCCCAUCCGUUUCCAGCAUUGUGUAUGGUCGGACUUGGGAAAGUGAUAUGGAGAGCCUGCUCAAGGAAAUGUACAACGCUGUCAAGAGCCAACAAAUCCUACAACCGCUGAAUAGCAGUCGAUCCUCAAUGGGCUCGUUAAGUCCGGCUCCUUCUGCUAUGUUACGUCAUCGCAGCCAACGUGGGCCACCGGAUCGCCUGGCCACACUCAAGCGUGGUAGCAUUCGUGGUCUGCAGUCCAUUCUUGGAGCCCAGCAAGCAAGUCCCUAUAGCAGUAAUAGCAGCAUAGACGGGAGAACAAGUCCUUCUCCGAGCUUUGCAACAUCCACAAACGAUGUUUACAACUCAAGCUCUUCCUUCUUAACUCCGACGCUUGGCUUUGCUUCCAAUCUUUCACACACCAUUAUCCGCGAAGCUCAAGAAGACGACGAUCGCAGCACUCACAGCGACGAUUCCACGUCAACGAGCAUAAGCAUUAGUGACGAGGAACUUGCUCUUUUUGGGAGCGCCUACUGGGAGUCUGUGGGCAAGCGUUCUAAGGAUAAGGCAUGGUUGGAUGUGUUUGUCGUCAUCCAGAAGGGCGAGCUCAACAUGUUUGUCUUUGGGGAGAAUGGCAUGGGUUCCUCCGGUGCGGUUGGUGGCGGCAAUUGGCUGUCGAACGCCAACUCAGUUGGCUCUGUCUUACUUGCUCAUUCCUUAGCGCAUGCUUUACCGUCGCCAGGCUACAAUCGACAACGACCGUAUUGUAUGGUGCUAACGCUGGCCAACGGAGGGGUCUACUUCUUCCAAGCGGGGACAGAAGAGCUUGUGAAUGAGUGGGUGUCAACUUGCAACUAUUGGGCUGCGAGGACAAGUAAGGAGCCUCUAGCGGGCGGGGUGUCCAACAUGGAGUACGGGUGGAACCGUAUUGACGAAUCGUCACAUGGGCGCGCGCAGUCUGAGUCUGAAGCGGAUCCAUCAGACGUGAUGAGUGUCCGGAGUGGGCGGAGUACGCGAAGCAAGUUUGGAUGGCGGGAUGGGAUGGGCACAAUGCGCGGAUCAACUUCGCCUUGGGCGGACCGGAUCAUGAUCAACGAUUGGAAACCACCAAUGCCGCCGACGGUCGCCAGUCCGCAUGACGAGGAGACUCAGUUGGAAGCUCUGCGCAAGCACGUGACCUCUUUGAAGCGGGAUCUCAAGCAACACAAUGAGUACCGUGAACCAAUGUCUGCUUUGUAUCAACCUAGGAGUUCGAAUGCGACCAAAGCCCAAAGCAACUGGGAAAAGAAAUCGCAGUGGUUGUUAACGGAGAUCGUCAAGUACGACUCGUACAUCGACUCCCUUCAAAUGGCCAUGUCUCUCCGGCUGAAAAAACGGGGCGAGAAAGCCCUUGAGCGGGCACUCAACGGUCGUGUCGGAGAGGAAUCUCCAGGAGGCAAGAAUGGGAGAUGGAAAAGCUCGACUGAGCCCGUUGACGAGGAGGAGGACGAUGAAGAGCCAAUGACGCCGAGCUAUGCUUCCCAGUUCCAUCGGAGGGAGACUGCCGAAGUGGGGACGUAA